AUGAAUAACAAUAUUACUGUUUCUGAUCAUCAAAUUGAUACUAUUAAUGAGAAAAAUGAUUCUGAGGAAGAAGUUUUUAUUAAUAAAGAAGAGGUAGCCUCAAUGUAUAUGGAAAAGUCAAAUACCUCUAAUGACUUGGUAAAAAUUACUGUUAAGUCAUAUUUUACAGAAGAUGACAGAAAUGGUGGGGGUAAAAAUAAAAAAAUACCCAUAAAUAAUGCCUCUGUUAAUAAAUUAAAAACACCUGAAAAUAGUAAUAAUGUCAAUAUUCGUAAUAAAAAAGAAGGAGUUCUACCAUUCAAUCAAAAUCUUAAUUUAUCACUAAUACAAAGUAUCACAAAUAAUAAAGAGUUAGAAAUUGAAGGACAAAGUAUAUUUUGUUGUAGGAUAUGUCAUUCUUUGGAAGCCACCAAAAAAAGUCCUUUGAUUGCUCCGUGUCGAUGUUCCGGAACAAUGAAAUAUAUACAUUUAAGUUGCCUUGCAAAGUGGCUUGAAUUGUCACCACGUUGUUUAUUUUCAAUACCAUCAUGUGAAUUAUGUGGUCAUAUAUAUCAAACAGGAAGUAUAUUAAAAUUAAGGAGAAUUCACCUCCCAACAUUAUCAUUUUCAGAUAAAAUUUUAAAUAUCCUUUUUAUAUUAUUACUUUUUAUAAUGAUCUUGUGUGCUGCAAUUGCGUGUAACUAUUUAAAGAUAACAGAAAAACAUGAAGGAAAUGGAGGUUUUGGUGGUAAAGUAAAUAGUAAACUUAUGCUUAUAGCUCCAGGAUUAACAUUUUUUAUGGCACUUUUUACACAAUAUAAAGCUGAGAAUACGGUUUUCAAGUUGAUUAUUCAAUUUUUUUGGGCAAACCGCAACUGGACAAUAAGGACGUUAGAAGAAAAUGAAAGAAAGAUCUUAAAAACUUCUAUUUCAAAGAAUAUAGAAGAUCAAGAUAGAAAAUCAUUAAUGAGAGAUGAAAAAGAAAAUACAGGUGUAGAUUGUUUAAUGGUGUAA